AUGGAUCCUAAAUUUCUUCAACCACUCGAUUCUAUGAAAAUCGAAAACCAGUAUGAAACGGAUUCGUUGUUCGACAUGCUAGAAAAGUUGCCUCCGCUAGAGUCUCUGUUAGAUACCGAGUAUCUAAGACCAGAUCCAGGGUUGCAUUUUGAGUAUCAAUACAAUAGCUUUGAAGAUUUCUUCGAGAACAUUGAAGUGAAUAACAACACAAUAUCAUCUGAUAUUCUCAUGUUAACUCAAGAACCUUACUUCUCAAGUGACUCCUCUUCACCAUUGGUUGUCCAAAACAACCACUGUCCAAGUACCAACGAGAGACGUGAAAAGAAAGCCUCAAAGAAGAAGAACACUAGGGCAAAGAGACAGGACAAGUUGGAGUUGUCCGAGAUCAGAAAGUACUUUGAUAGACCAAUAAUGAAAGCGGCAAAAGAACUUAACGUUGGUCUUACGGUAUUGAAGAAGCGUUGCAGAGAACUUGAAAUCUUCCGGUGGCCUCACCGGAAGCUCAAGAGUCUUAACUCUCUCAUUAGUAAUCUCAAGUGUGUUGGAAUGGAUCAAGAAGUGAAGAAUUUGGAGGAACAUAGGGUUCUUAUAGAGCAAGAACCUGAUGCCGAGCUGACUGAUGGGACAAAGAAGUUGAGGCAAGCUUGUUUCAAAGCCAAAUACAAGAGAAAGAAAUCACUUGCCAACGAUGGUUACUAUUGA